GCUCAGUAGCUAACGGUUCGCCUCGCUUCUCAUCGCUUCUUAUUGUGGUGGGAGUGUAAGCAGUUCUAGCGGCCUUGUAAAGCGUUCAAUCGUUUCAAAAACUGUAGAUAGGGCCAAGAAAUUACGUUCGUUUCUCGUAUCAACAAAUCACAAUGAAAGUAUACGAUUUAUUUUCUGUUUCAGUCGUUAUAAAUAUUCUUGUUCUAUCUUCAAUAACACAAUUAAUCACCACCGCACCGUAAUUUGUGCUAGCGUGAAUCAGUGUGUGAAGUCCCAACAAUUCUGGAAUACAAACACAGUUCACUGAAUCGUUUUAAUCAAAGCAUGUCAAUUUCGGAUCAUCGACUUCUUGACAUACGUGUAUCAUCUGACAAUAUAAUCGCAGAAGUACAGACAGUUUCUCGAGGAAGAGAAAUGAGGACAAUUUCGAAUGGAGUAUUUUUUCCAUUAACUAUUGCUGGACUAGCGAUAUUGGCCGUCGCUCCUCUGUUAGUCAAGGCUCAAUCAUCUUCUCGCACACCAGCGGAAACAUCCCCUUAUAAAGGUUUCAGUGGUCUUUGGGUAAAAAGUGAUUCGGUGAAGCAGGUGUAUUAUCACGAUCAAACUGUGGCUGUAGUUGAACUUGGUCCAAGGAAAAGACUUGAGAAUUGCGAGCUGAUUGAAGUCACUACUCCAAAGGAAGUAAAUGACACCUUACAGAGUCUGCGUUCUGUCUCUGAACCAAUGAGCAUUACUUUUGAUGAGAUGUUCCAGCUGAUGAACCAGUGCCAUGACUUUGUAUCUCCGCUGGAAACUUCGGAAAAUUCAAAUAAGACUCCAAGGGUUACUGGAACAGUAUUUAUUGGCAUUGUACCAGGAACCAAGUGGUGUGGUAAUUCAGAUAUUGCAAAGACAUACUUUGAACUGGGUAGAGAAAAAGAUGUGGACAAAUGCUGUCGCACUCAUGAUUUGUGUCCUGUGAAGGUGCGAUCUUACAGAACACGCUACAACCUCACUAAUGAAAAUUUCUACACCAAAUCACACUGUGCCUGUGACAACAGGCUCUUCCACUGCCUGAAAGCUAAGAACACUCCUCUAGCUAGAGUUAUGGGAAAUGUUUACUUCAAUAUAAUAAAAGUCCCUUGUGUGGAAGAUAUUCCACCUGUCUGUGAUGAAAAUGGUUGUGUGACAAAGAGAUUUAGAAAAGCUCGUCAGUUUAUCUAAUAUGUGUCUAUGAUGUACAUACUCUAUCAAUCAUUACAACCACAACACACAUAAAGUCUUCUGUUUGUUAAUGUGUCAUCACUAUUUGUUGGUAGGUAGCAGUUGCUAACAAUGCACCUUAAGACUGACUUGUUUGCCUGUCUGGUAAAUUGUUGCUGGCCCUCACCAGUGCAGUCAUUCUUGGUUCUGGGCUCCACAGGACUCAUGACCAUAUCUUACUGUCUCAUGAAUCUGGGAGUCAUAAAACUCAUCUGAGCUUCCUUGGCAAAGUCAAAGUUGAGGUCAAAGUUAUGUUACAGUGGAUGGUCAAUUGAUCAGUCUGUUGUGGUGUCAAGCCCCACCUGGGGCCCAAGACUAGGUUGCAGUUUUGUUGAUGUGGGGUACCUUCUCUGACAAGAGGACAUGUCUGUUAUUUACAAUUGCUGCUGGUCCUAGCCAGGACUAUUGACCAUAUUUUACUGUCUCAUUACUUUGGAAGUCAUGGAACUUGCUUGGUUGGUCAGCUGGGUAAAUUGUUGCUGGUCCUAGCCAGCACAGUCAUUCUUGGUUCUGAAUCCUGCAAGAAACAUAACCAUAUUUUACUGUCUCAUGACUUGGGGAGUCCUGCAACUCAUCCGAAUGCGCUUGUCAAAGUCAAGGUCAAAGUUAUGUUAUGAUGGACGGUCAGCCAGUCUUCGUGUGAAGCCCAUCUGCGGCCCAAGACCAGAUUUUUGUUAUUGUCAGACAGUUGUAAUAAUUAUGUUGAUGUGGAGUGCCCUCUCUGAUGAGAGGACGGGUCUGUUGUUUACAAUUGUUGAUCAUUCAAUUAAUUAAUUAUUAACCAACUGACAAUGCUAAUAGCCUGAGUAGAUAUUAUGAAAUUCAGCUGCUGUGAAAGCUUCAGGUCUUACAACUGUUAAAUUACUGUGAACCAAGUUUUCUACUUGUCAUAUACAAUGGCAUUUGUGUUUAUAUCCAUUUCACAGAUUUCAUGAAGAACUGUUCUGAACUUAGCCAAAAGAACCGUUUUUUUCCCCCUCUCUAAGUACUGGGAUACUAUCAAAGUUCAAAUUUUACAAUCUCUUCUAUAGUGUUGCAUAAAAUGGUGUAUUAUUUGUGACAUUUGUAAUUCUUUGAUCAUUUCUUUUUUUUUAUGCUUGAAGGAGUGAAACCUGAUACCUAUAUACGUAAUAAAAUUCAAUGUGAUACAUUCAGGCUCAUGAAACUCCGAUGACUGAAUUACUGAAUAACCACUAUACUGCUGAUGGAAGAAAUACUGACAUACAAAACCUGACCAGACUGAAAAUGUAGUAACUUGGACAUGUCACUUAGUGGCAAAAAGUGUAAGGCAAGAAAUUUUAUAUUUCUUUUGAGGUAAUAUACAACUAACUUCAUGGUUCAAGGUUUGAAAAUUUUAUACUUCAUCUUGUUUCCAAGAAAUUCUGUGCUCUUGUGGAAUCUAAAGAUUCAUCACCAUGCCCAUAAUAGCUUCUCACUGGAACCUACCUAAUCUAGGUGAAUCUAUGAAGAAAGCAGUCUUCUGGGAUUCGGCACCAUGUAUGUGGUGUUAACCAACGUUUCAGAGGAACGUAUC